AUGGCCUCGCUCAUCUCCCUCCGCCGUCCGCUGACAGGGCUCGCCUCGCGCGCAACCAAGCCGCACACACUGACGCCCAUCGCCGCGACGAGCACCCUCCUCCCCCGCCGCUUCGGAACCCUCCUGCACACACCCCGGGUAACACCCCGGGCCGCCGCGGCGCUGCCGCUGAAGCCAGUCUUUGCGCAGAGCAUCCGGCGCAACAGCGACAGCAGCGAUAACAGCGACAACAGCGGCGAACCGACGCUGAGAAAAUGGGGCUUUGAAGAUAUCAACGCCGCCCUCCCGUCCGAGACAACCUCGCCGACGCACUCGCCGCAGAGCAAGAUGAUCCUCGUGGACGUGCGCGAGCCCGCCGAGCUCACCGCUACGGGCAUCAUUCCGUCCGCCGUGAGCGUGCCGCUCACGUCGCAGCCGGAUGCGCUGUUCCUGACAGCCGAUGAGUUCGAGACGCGGUUCGGGUUCCCCAAGCCCGGAGAGGGGCAGACGGGCGACGUCGUCUUCUACUGUAAGGCGGGGGUGCGGGCGCGCAUCGCGGCGCAGUUGGCGGUGCAGGCUGGGUAUGAUCCUGCGCGCGUGGGGGUUUAUCUUGGUAGUUGGUUGGAUUGGGCGGAACGGGGUGGGAGGGUUGAGAAGUGGGAGGGGCCGGAGAAUGAGUAG